CUUUUUAUUCCCGUCUAAUUACGAUACCCAUCGUAUCCCACUGGAAUAAAUCCACGUACAUUCCUCUCCCUCUCCUCACUCGUACCAGAGGAACAAUGACAGUUAGAUACUCCGUCGCCCUACUCUUAUUCUUCCUCCUAGUCCCCGCCUCUCUCUCUUAUCCCCACCCUGACCUCCAAGCACUCCUAGCCUUCAGGUCCUCCGUCGACCCCUCCGGCGCCGCCCUCUUCUCAUGGGACCCCGCCGUCGACCCCUGCUCCGGCGCUUGGCUCGGCGUCACCUGCAGCCGCGGCCGCGUCGUCCGCCUCGUCCUCGAGGGCCUCCGCCUCGCCGGGCCCGUCGACGCCCUCGCCCUCUUCCCGACACUCUCUCUCCUCAGUCUCAAGAACAACUCGUUCUCAUCCCCGCUCCACCGCCUCGAUUUCACCCUCUGGCGGCCCCACCUCAAGCUCCUCUACCUCUCCCACAACCGUUUCUUCGGCCCCUUCCCCUUCGGCCUCCUCCAGCUCCGCCACCUCCACCGCCUCGACCUCGCCGGCAACCUCCUAUCCGGCGGCAUUCCGCCCGAGAUCGGCCUCCUCCUCCCGGGCCUCCUCACCCUCCGCCUCGAGAACAACCUCCUUACCGGCGGCAUCCCGAUGUCUUUGGCCGCCAUCGUCGAACUCUCUGACCUCAAUGUCUCUCACAACCGCUUGGCCGGGAAGAUUCCUGGGAGCCUUUCCUCCUUCCCUCCGUCCUCCUUCGCCGGGAAUCUUGACCUCUGCGGCGAUCCUCUGCCCCGGCGUUGCUUGAACCCGACGUCGAGGAGCCAUCCGAUGCCGAAGUUGGGUGGCGGGAGGAGGCGAUGGAAUUGGAAAUCGAAAUGGAUAUGGAUCGCGGCGUCGCUGGUCGCCGUCGCCGUCACCAUGUUAACGGCGGCGGCGCUCCUUCGUCGACGGAGAGAGAGAGUAGAAGACAGUAGAGGGGGAGCAGGGGAAACGGGAGUAGAGAGGGAAGAGAAACGAAGAAGUAGGAGAAGGGGAAACGGGGAGGGGCGGGAGGGGAAGAUGGAGUUCUUUGAGGGGUGCGGCGGGGUAUUCGGGCUGGAGGAGCUGAUGAGGGGGUCAGCGGAGAUGCUGGGGAGAGGGGCGGUGGGGUCAACAUACCGGGUGGUGAUGGAAAGUAGCGGGGGAGAGGGAGUGGUGGUGAAGAGGGUGAGGAGGGAGAGGAGGAGAGGGAAGGAGAGAAGAGCCGAGGGGGCGGAGGAGGGGUUGCUUCGAGAGAUCGGGGGAUGGAGGCACCCCAACGUCGUCAGUUUGAGGGCUUACUACGCCGACGACCACGAGCUCCUGCUCGUCUACGAUUACCUCCCCAACGGCAGCCUCCACAAUCUCUUGCACGGAAACCGAGGACCCGGAAGGACUCCAUUGGAAUGGACCACAAGGCUGAGGCUCGCAUUGGGUGCUGCAAAAGGCCUGGCCUUCCUCCAUGCUGCAUCCAACUCCAGGCUAUCUCAUCAGCACCUCACCUCCUCAAACAUCCUCGUCGACGAUGAGGGAGAUGCGCGCAUUUCUGACUUUGGACUCCUUCAGCUUCUCGCACCGCCAUCUUCUUCAUUUAAUUCCGCCUCCCACAUUGCAGCUCCGGAGACUCUGAACUCAAGUUCGUCGUCGAGAGGAACUACUCAGAAAUGUGAUGCGUAUAGCUUUGGAGUCAUUCUGUUGGAAAUUUUAACGGGGAGACCCGCGGAGGAUGGUGAAAUAAGUUUGCCCCAGUGGGUUCAGACGGUCGUGAGAGAAGAAUGGACGUCGGAAGUCUUCGAUACAGAGUUGUUGAGAUAUAAAGAGACGGAGGAUGAGAUGUUUGCUCUCUUGCAGGUGGCUCUGCUUUGUGUAUCUCGUGAACCUACGGAUCGCCCGAGCAUGACCAUGGUGUAUAAGAUGAUUGAGGAUAUUAGAGACAGGGGGAGUAGAAGCAGGGGAUCUCGUUCCCCUUCUAAAAAUGAUCGUUCCUAUGAGUCCUCCUCCCCUUCUCUCUCAGAAGAUGCUCCUACCUUCCCUGGCCGUUACGUUUUUUGAUUUUUACUUGGUGAAGAGCGUCAGACAAAUGAAGUUAUGUAGGUUAGCAGUCAAGCGAGGUCAAUUCUUGAGGCAUGACAAUAAUCUUUUUUUUUUUUAUGCAUUGGAAGAUCUCUUAUCUUCCUAUAUCUAAUGGCCAUUGAUAUUUUAAUAUUUUCUUCUUUUAUGGAGCACUAAUGAUGUCUGAAAGGAGAACACACUUAGCCUUAUCAUCCCUACCAUCUAAAUUAGUUUCAAUUAUUGUUGGAUCAACUUCUUUAUUAUGAUUUUUGAUGAAUCGACCGAGUAUUAUACAUGUAUAUAGAACCUGGCUGUGGCCUGAGGCCAGGCACCCUUAGAUCUGCACAAUACCUGGUCUCCAAUCCGUAUCAAAAAUGUCUUAAUGGGACCAAAGCAAAAAAAACACAAAAAAUGCCUGUAUGGCAAUUUAUCCAUUUCAAACAGGGCCUAAAGAGGGUAGUUGAACGAACCUCCCUCGACCCUCAACAGGGGUGGACGUCGACCGAGGAUUUUUUGCACUUUCUGGAGAUCUCCUCACGGAGGCCUAACCUUGAGAGCGGAAGAUUAGGACUACCUAUCUAGCCUAUCAUUAUUAGCUAAAUAGGAAUGUCCGAGUCUUCAAGGACUGCAGAGCACAUCCAAGGAUGGUGGUGGACAGAGCUCUUCUUCAUAAGGCGGAGAUUAUUCGCACCACUAUGCCAUCAUCUCUCGGGACGGCUAGAAAAAUCUGAGGCUCCCAUUCUGCUCCUAUAGCGUCCAGAACCAUAUUGGUCUUCUAGGAGCCCCCAUCCUCUGAGUUUCUCAAGGUAAACUAUGACGACAGUGUUGGCGAGGGAGAGAGAAAUGAAAGUAUGAGUUUCGUCAUCAAAGACCAUGAUGCCAGACUGAUAGCGGCUGGGGGACGGCGGAUCUUCGACACGUCUGUAAUGAGUACCGAACUCAGAGCCGCAUGGAAAGACAUCACUUAUGCAAAGCGUGUGAUGGGUGCAGACCACAUUCUCCUCGAGGAAGACUCGACCACGGGGAUCGAGUGGAUUCGGAGUUGGGGACGUGGCGCUAGCUGUAAGCCACUGCCCAAGAUUCGCAGACUUUUAGGCGAGUGUGGUCUCUAUCAGGCCACAUAUGUAUAUAAAAAGGCUUGCUAACUAGGUGGCCUCUUUCGCAGCUCACCAUUCCGGAGGCUUCAUCUAGAAAGACCAUGUGUCUGUGCCUUAUCCUCUGCACUAUCUUCUCUUUUUUGAUUUUGUUGACUGCAUCCACACCUGCCGUGUGUGAGCAGCCGUUGUGCCAAAAAAAGAAGAAGAAAAAAACAAAUCCCUACAUACCUCGGCUAUUCUUCUUAAGGUAGUCUUCUAGUUUUGCGAUUGGAUAAAUAUGAUCCAUAGAUUUGUUAAAUUUACACUAGAGACUGUCGUGUUUUUGAUAAAAAUCCCCUUGAGAUUGUUAUGUCCCAAUGCAGAUAGUUUUUCUCUCGCCAACAUUUGAUGUAGGUCAAGUCUAUACUA